CACAAGACCACGUUAACCAUCCACUCCCCUCCCCUCCUCCCUCCCGCUCUUUAUACUACGAUGCCUAAGAACCGACGACCUCCGACAUCUGGCUAUGCUCGAAUAGCACAGGCCGAGGAGGACGAGGACGAUUAUGACCAUGAUUCAGAAGAUGACUUCCACCAGAACUCCCUAUCUAACUCGCAAUAUGCCGCCAUCCAGCCCCAGCGAUAUUCGCAUAUGCAGCGGCCUAGUGCAUCGGGAGACUCUUCACCUACUCUGCGGAAAGGCGCACAGGGAAGACGCGGGCGGAGCAAUUCGGGAGUCGACAUUAAGGCAAUAAACGCCAGAUUGGAGCGAUGGGCCGACGAGAUAGCCCAGAAAUUCAAGAUAAAGAAGUCCAAAACCAGACCCGAGGAACAGCAGCUGGAGAUCCACCAUUCCGUGUUCCAGGCCCCGGACUGGGUGCGGCCGGCCACCGCAGAGACGCUCACCUUCGACUACGAGGGCUCCUCCGACCGCAUGACUAAGCUGCAGUUCGACGACACGGUAGAGAGUGUUAGGGUGGCCAUUGAGCUGGGCACACAUCCCAAACUGAUUUCGCAAGGCAGCUCUGGCAGCUACUUCGCCUGCAACACGCACGGCAAGGUGGUGGGCGUCUUCAAGCCCAAAGACGAAGAACCUUACGCGUCAAGAAAUCCGAAAUGGACCAAGUGGAUCCACCGGAAUCUCUUUCCCUUCUUCUUUGGUAGAGCGUGCCUUAUUCCGAACCUGAGCUACAUCUCCGAAGCCGCUGCCUACGUCCUCGACUCCCAGCUCCGCACGAACCUCGUACCCUACACCGACAUCGUCUCCCUCUCGUCGAAAUCUUUCCACUACGACUUUUGGGAUCGCCGAGCAUACUACAGAAAGAAGAAGCCGCUGCCGGAGAAGGUCGGGAGCUUCCAGGUCUUCUUGAAGGGCUAUAAAGACGCGAACAUCUUUCUGAAGGAGCACCCCUGGCCAGACCAGCAUAGUUCGGGCUUCCGGGCGGAUAACGCCCUGCGAAAGAAGAAGCGGAGGAGAUGGGCGGAGGAAUGCCGGCCUAGCGGGCCGCAGUCAGACGACGAGGAUGAGGAACGGUCACGAUCGGACACUGCCGAAGAGGCGCGGCAGCGGAGCGUGUUUUGGACUGAACCUCUGCAGCAGUCAUUCAGAGAACAGUUGGAAAAGCUCGUCAUUCUAGACUACAUCAUGCGAAAUACGGACAGGGGUUUGGACAAUUGGAUGAUCAAAAUUGACCAAAAGGCGCAAGCAGCAACCAUCGUUGCUGAACCACCCAGAAUGGAUGGUCCCGCGGAUGGCGAGGACGGCCCCAGCGACUACACUAGGCAGUCUAUGUCUGAGCUGGAUCCGUACAAGCGGCAGGAACCGAUGACAGCGACGAGCCGAUCAACUACUCCACUGGCCAAUGCACCGACACCCACCAUGUCCAUUGGGGCUAUUGACAACAGUCUGUCAUGGCCAUGGAAGCAUCCCGAUGCUUGGCGUAGCUAUCCGUUUGGCUGGCUCUUCCUCCCUGUAUCCCUCAUCGGACAGCCUUUCUCCGAAGCAACCCGCCGCCACUUUCUCCCCCUUCUUACAUCAAAGCAGUGGUGGAGUGACACCCAGCUUGAGCUUCGCAAGUGCUUCACGCAGGACGCAGACUUCAAAGAGCGCAUGUACGCAAAGCAAAUCGCUGUUAUGAAGGGCCAGGCGUGGAAUGUUGUCGAAACCCUGAAGACUCCUGAUCAUGGACCCCUAGAACUUACGCGAAGAGCAAGAGUCUGCGUGUGGGACGACUUGGUCGAAAUCCCCAUUGCCGUGCCUCUCCGCGCACCGUCCGCAGAAAUGAGGCGCAAGCAGCGGGCUGAUCGUCGCCGGACGAGCACAGAGCAGGAAGAGAUGGACAUAACGGCACUGUCUACCCCUCCACAGAAGCCUCAGUCUGAUAUCUUGAUGGCUUCACCUCCCCUUGAAUUGGCGAACGAGAAUCGCUUCAACUUGUCCCGACACCAGAGUUCGCAAAAUGUCCGCGAGAGCGAAGAGAGCAUGAGAGGUCCACUCUCGCCCGCCACAGUGCAAGCGGUACCUUGGACAUCACGGGCUAUCGGUGAUAGACCUGCUGAUCUCACCAAUGGUCGGCCAAACCACCGACCACGUAUGAGCUACGACUCACCUCGACGGCACCGGGGUGAAACCGAUCCCAGACGCAGGAGAUACUCGUUCACGACGCGAAGAAGUCACAACGCGAUUAUGCUUGGUGAUGACGACGAGGGCGAUCUUGGGUACGCGGCGAAUGAGGAUUUGGAUAGCAAUCGCAAGAGAGUUAUUGUGGAAAGGCUAGAAAUGGUCAAAAGUAAAAAUCCUGUGUUUACUUGGUGUUGAUGUAAUAUUAUGCGACAUGGGUGGUAUAUCAUUAGACCAGGGAACUGCAUGACGGGAGCCUGCAUGGGGCGGGAGUUUUGCAAGCUUGCAUUUUCGGGCGUUGAUUUUUUUCUUCAACUUUGUAGUUUGUACACUGGCAUUUCGCAGACUUUG